AUGGAAGGUGUGGAGUGUGCGACCGAGGGCGUUGACGAGUUAGCGAAGGGAGUGGUGAUGACUGAAGAGCCGGUGUUGGCUAAACGCGACAGCGAGUGGGAGCAGGUGACAGAUCAGGACCGAAUUUCGGCUCCGGUAAAGGAGGCGCCAGUGGCUGUCGAGUCUAUGGUGGCUGGAUCGGAUGUAGCUGCGACUGCGUGUUAG